CUGAUUGGCGCAGGCUUCCGGGUUUCUUCGGCUAGCUGUUCGGCGGCAGGGUUUAGCGCAACCGGCUGUGACGAUCUGUGGGCUCAAGGGAGGCUUGUUGUUCAUUCAUUGGCAACAACUGGAUACUUUGUGGAAAGAAAGUCGAAGGAAACCCUGCCACUAUGCCCUAUGAACUCAGUAAAGUUUUUGCCAGCCUCCCUCAAGUUGAGAGGGGAGUUUCCAAAGUCCUCGGUGGAGAUCCCAAAGGAAACAACUUUCUCUACACCAAUGGCAAAUGUGUUAUAAUUAGGAACAUUGAUAAUCCAGCAAUUGCAGAUAUUUAUACUGAACAUGCUCACCAAGUUACUGUUGCAAAGUAUGCUCCCAGCGGAUUUUACAUUGCUUCAGGAGAUAUCUCUGGGAAGCUGCGAAUCUGGGACACAACCCAAAAGGAGCACAUACUUAAGUAUGAAUACCAACCAUUUGCAGGAAGAAUUAAGGACAUGGCUUGGACAGAAGACAGCAAGAGAAUAGCAGCUGUUGGAGAAGGGCGAGAAAAGUUUGGAGCUGUGUUAUUAUGGGAUACUGGCUCAUCAGUAGGUGAAAUAAGCGGUCACAGCAAGGUUGUCAACAGUGUGGAUUUUAAACAGACAAGACCAUAUCGCCUUGUGACUGGAAGCGAUGAUAACAGUGCAGCAUUUUUUGAAGGACCACCAUUCAAGUUCAAGUUUACUAUGAAUGACCACACAAGAUUUGUUAAUAGCGUCAAAUUUUCCCCUGAUGGCAACAGAAUCGCUACUGCUGGAGCUGAUGGUCAGAUCUUCAUUUAUGAUGGAAAAACUGGUGAAAAGAUAUCUUCCCUUGGUGGUGAUAAAGCUCACAGUGGCGGUAUAUAUGCUGUCGGUUGGAGUCCUGAUAGCACUCAGCUUCUUUCUGCUUCUGGAGAUAAGACUGCUAAAUUAUGGGAUUUAGCAAGUACUUCAUUGGUAACUACCUUCAACAUGGGAUCAGAUGUGCUUGAUCAACAGCUGGGCUGUCUGUGGCAGAAGAAUAAUUUGCUGACAGUUUCUCUUUCUGGAAACAUUAAUUACCUUGACAAGAACAACCCAGACAGGCCUUUACGCAUUAUCAAGGGACACAAUAAGUCUAUUCAGUGCCUCACAGUACAUAAAACUGAUGGUCGAUCAUACAUUUACACUGGAAGUCAUGAUGGGCAUAUCAAUUUUUGGGAUGCUGAAACUGGAGUAAGUGAAAACUUUAAAGGAAAAGGUCAUGCCAACCAGGUUUCACGAAUGAUAGUCGAUGAAUCAAACCAAUUAGUCAGUUGCAGUAUGGAUGAUACAGUGCGUUAUACCAGCCUUGCCAAGAAGGAAUACAGUGCAUCAGACGCAGUGAAGUUGGAUUUUCAACCAAAAUACGUAGCAGCGGGGCCUGGGGGCUAUGCAGUGGCAGUUUGCAUUGGGCAGCUCGUGCUACUAAAGGACAAGAGAAAAGUUUUUGUAAUAGACCAGCUUGAAUUUGAACCAAGUUGUGCUGAUAUUCACUUGGGAGGUGUAACUGUGGCAGUUGGAGGUUCAGAUGGCAAAAUCCACCUGUACUCCAUUCAAGGAAAUACCCUGACAUAUGAUGGCAAAGCCCUGAGUGCUGAAGGACCUGUAACUGAUCUGGCCUUCUCGCAUAAUGGUGCCUAUCUUGCUGCCUGUGAUGCAAGCAAAAUUGUUAAAGUUUUUACUGUAGCUGAUGGAUAUGCAGAAAAGAAUUCAUUUUAUGGUCAUCAUGCAAAAAUUGUCUGUUUAGCAUGGUCACCAGAUAAUGAACAUUUUGCUACAGGAGGCAUGGAUAUGAUGGUGUUUGUGUGGACUGUAAGCAAUGCUGAUGCCAGGAUAAAGAUGCCAGAUACACAUAGGCUGCAUCAUGUCUGCAGUUUGGGAUGGCUGAACGAGCACACUGUUGUGACAACAUCGCAUGAUUCCAGUGUUAAGCAGUGGACCAUUACAUACACAUAAACAAGGCAAACAAUGUUCAGGGACAAAAACUACUGUAGAAGAUGACAUUUAUCUAAACAUUUCUUUUAUUGGCUGCUGGGUUUUGUAUAGGGUCCUCUGAGUGGUAUUGUGGGCGGGUCAUAUAUAAACAUGUUGUAUUUUGAAAGCUUUAGUCAGUAACCAUUUGCACAAGAAAAGCACUUAACAUAAUCUCUGGAGCUUUUAAAUUUUCUGUGCUUGACAUUCCAGAGACAAGAGUUUUGUCUCGGUACACUUGAAGACUCCGAGCAGUCUGUUCAUUUCUUUUCUAGCAAAGAAUAUUGUUAACAUUGUAUGGAAUGGGAUUAAUGUUUGCUUUGUUGUGUGAUUACAGAACAUUUCUGUACUGUUCAGAAACUAAAUUUUGAAAGAAAAUAAUAAAAAAAAAAUCUAUAUAAUUAAAAAUGUGUACAGCUGAAUUCUGCUGUUGUAUGGUGAGUUUACUUUUGCUCAUCUGUUGGUUCUUCCAUUACUCAAAGUAAAUAUGAUGCAAAAUAAAGUUUUUUUAUGCAUUUCACACCUUUUUUUACAGUACUUGAAUAAAUCUUAAAUAAAUCCUGUAUGCAUAUCCAAUAUUUAAAUACUGAUCAUUGUAUGUUAUUUACUGUAUUGUGGUGGUAGGCAUUGUGAAGCCAUUAAAUUUGAGAUAAAUUGAAUCAUACAUGUAUCUAGAGAUAUCGGUGCUUAUUAGGAAUUUUAUAUCAUCUGGCAAAAUAAAGAACUCGUUGAUUAUA